CUGGCAGUGGGGAAAGUAGGGCGGGUGUGGCGGGAAGGGAGGCUUGCGCGUGGUUGCCCCUCUUCAUAAAGACCGAGAAAGAUUCCGUUCCCAGCCCUCAGCCCCAACACUCCUGGGAACGUGAACGAUAACGGAGCACGCUGUGGCGCCUCCCCGUCCUCCUGUGCCACGACUACUCCGUGGUGCCCCCCUGCUGCCACCUCUUCCGUAGGCUAGGGUGUGUAUUGCCACAGAGAACUAGGCAGGCUUUAUAACGAUUCACGUAUACUCUCUAAGAUAUGAGGACGUUGCUUUUCCAGAUCCUGAAUCCUGCAGAGUGAGGAUUUAAACCCCAAGGUGAUGGCAAAACAUCUGAAGUUCAUUGCCAGGACUGUGAUGGUACAGGAAGGAAAUGUGGAAGGUGCAUACAGGACCCUAAACAGAAUUCUCACCAUGGAUGGGCUCAUUGAGGACAUUAAGCGACGGCGGUACUAUGAAAAGCCUUGUCGCCGACGACAGAGGGAAAGCUAUGAAACCUGCCGGCGGAUCUACAACAUGGAAAUGGCUCGCAAGAUCAACUUCUUGAUGCGAAAGAAUCGGGCAGACCCAUGGCAAGGCUGCUGAGGCCUGUGGAUUGUAGGCCCAGUAUGAAAAUCCCUCUCCAGCUGUCUCCUUCCUAUCUCAAACCUCAUUUUUUCUCCCCUUUUUUAUAAUAAUAAACUCAAUCACAUAUAUGCAAGAAGGCCUGCAUAUACAGAAGUAAUCCCGUAGUUACCAAUGGACCUUCUCUUUUAUUAAGUGAAAGAGAAACUGAGUCAAAAAGUAGUCUAGGAAUAGAAUGGUUAUUACCAAGGGCUAGUGGGGGGUGGGGAAUUACUGUUUAAUGGGUACAGAGUUUCAGAUGGGGAUGGUGAAAAAGUUCCAGAGACAGAUGUUGGUGAUACACAACAAUGUGAAUAUACUUAAUGCACUUAAAUGGUUAAAAUGGCAAAUUUUGUGUAUGUUUAGCUAUAAUAUUUAAGUAGUCUAGGAGAGGUGAGAAGCUUUUCUAAAAUAUAGCAGAAUAGAUCUAUGAUUUUUUUACCCGAUUCUUACGAAAUCCAAAUCAAGACCUUAUUAUUGGAAAAGCACCUGUUACUCUUUACUGAACUGUCCCUCCCCACCAACUGUUAGAUGAGAGGAAGCAUGUAUGUAUUUGGAAUAAAUUUUGCUACUGAAAUACCCAUCA